AUGGACGAAAGAAUUAAGGUUCUAAUAGAUAUUGUAUUGGAUGAUGAUAGAUUCUUACAAUACAUCAGGGAAAAUGCAGGUCUCGGGGAAUCUGCGAUGAAAAAGAUCGAGAUCCCCAAGCACUCAUUCACCUCCCACCAGCUAACUUAUUGCUCUGCUGUGGAGAUUUCACAAAGUCAUCGAUCCGUCCUAAUAGGUGGAAUUCCACAAAUAUGGAAUCUUCAGCAUUCAUAUAACAUCUUCACGAUCUUUGAGAGGCUGACUGAUGUACGAUUGCGAAACAGAAUAAAAUACGUUUACGAGAAAGGUAGAGGUAAGGAGACAAGAUUCAUACAUUGGAGGCAGUAUCAUUCCGCAGAUAAGAACAAAGCUUUCGAUGAAAACGUUAAACCCUCUAAACUUGUCACUGUUUAUGAUGAUGAUGAUAAUGACGAAGACGACGGCGAAGCGUCAUUACAGAAUGGAAGCUUGAAUUCACCUAGUGUAGUGCAGCAAAGUCCAUCAGGGCUAACCAGUGAUGCGCAUCGUGGAAAUGAUGCUGAUGUAAUGCAUUUUGAGGAUCCGUUAAUUGGCCAUGAUGGAGAAAGCACAGUAAAUUCGGAUCUUGAAGAACAAUCUCUCGAGUACAAUGAAGCACCUACCGAUUUUUCUGUACUAGACGACAAUGAAACAAGAUCUUUAGAUGUAAGGACCUACACACUAAACAAAGAAAAUGCUAACCAACGUCUUAUUUUCAGACAUCCAACGAGACAGACAUUCCGAUCUUUUACGUCGAGAAGAAGUUCACUCAACAGUAAAGAUCCACUUAAAAUACUAAAGCCGAUUCCUCAACCGAUUACUCGAGAGGAGCAGACAAGAAUCAAUAAUUCGCAUGCACAUUAUACCCCUUUCAAAGCUAUUGGCAAAAAGAUUAGUGCCGUGGUACCAGACGCUCAUUUCGGGAGUUUUUGGGAAAAACCCUCCCCAGAACAUAAUAGAAUCACUUUAGAUAGUACUAAAAUUGGGAAAAUCAUCAAGAUGGAAAAGAUGAUUGUUAUGGUUAAGCAAGCUUUAACUGCCAGAGUAAUUCCCCCUCAUUUCUCCGAAGAUGAACCAGUAGAUACUAGAAUUUAUGAACGAUGGAAAGAGUAUUUCGUUGUAGCUAGAGGGACGGGAAACCCGGAUGCUCCAGUAAGGCUACAACUUUACACUUCAAGAAAAAUUAAACCAAUAGUAACAAAGGAUAGAAAACCAUGGCAUUGCAAGAUUCAGUUUGAUUUAGAUAAGAAAUGCCUUGUUGAAUUUUAUAAUUCUUUGGACAAAAGUAUUUGCAUUGUCAAACAAGAUGACCUAUUAACACAAGAAAUGAGGUUUGCGGAUAAUGCAAAAACGAAAACAGCAACAUCGAAGAAACAAUUUUCCCCUUUGAAAAUUUUCAUAUUCCGAUGUGAUAAUCUAUUAUCAUCUAGUAGGUGGUUGGUAUUUUUGAGAUCCAGCAUUGGUCCUGCAGCACAACCUUGUGACAUUGACAUCCAUAUUCCAAUAGUAAAUUUAUCACUAAAUGUAGAUCUCCCAGAAAUAAUAAGAAGGAAAUUAGCAAAGAAGGCGGCAGAAGAGGAGGAAGUGAUGAAAAUAUUCCAACUAGAAAAUGGAUACCGUGUAGCACAACUUCCAAUAUUAAGAUAUUUGAAGCUAGUUAUACGUGAGACGCUUAUACAACUUGGAUAUUUACAUGAGGUUAAAAAAUGGGAUGCUUCCAAUAUACUAAUGGGACUAUGUUGGAAACAUUACGAUAGGAUUGAAUGGUCUUACGGCAAUCAAACUGAUUUGUUGUACGGAACAUUUGUUUUGAGAAAAUCUCACAUAUUUGAAUAUCGUAGGCUUAAAACUUACCCCAGAUCCAUACAGAAACCCAUCGAUAAUCACACUGAUACCGUUAAGGUCAUUAAUGAGCCCUCGCCAAUUGAGGGUUUUUUAUCUGAAAACAAUAUUGUUUUCAGCGAUAAAAAUGAAUAUAAACUCUCACAUCCCUAUUUUAAGCUUUCCUACUGGUUCACUUCAAACGGGCUCUUUUUUAGGACUAGAUCCGUUAAGGCUACACCACCACUACCGGAAGAUGACGUAAUCGAUCCAUUCGGAGUAGUAUUAGAUAAAGCCAGGCUAGAUGACUUAAUUGAAACCAUGCCUAGAGUGUACGAAGAUAAUCCAUAUCCAUUAGAUGAGAAUGGUCAUUUCGCUUGGUUAAACGAGAAUAUAACAACUGCGGAAUUUGAAAGUCACGACGCAAGAGCUAGUAGAUCAUUCCUGAGAAAAAUAUCACUAAUACUCAAAGCGGAUAAUUGCAUUGACUUGACUCGUUGUACAGAUAUCAAGCUUUUAGAUGCAUCGGGCUUCAAUAUUAAGACCAUGAAAAUAUGGAAUGAAGCAAAUAAUAUGGUAUGGAAGAAUAGUCAAACACUUGAAGCAACGAAGUCUUCUAUUAUAGAGUUAGUAAUUGGUAAAAAUGUCAGUAAACUACUCAUGGCGCCUGAUCCGGAGACAUGUCAAGAGUGGUUAUCACGACUACGUGAAAUAGCCUUCUACUGGAAGCGAAGACUAGCUGCUGAUCGACAGCUUCUCUGGGAUUUGAAAAUAAAGAAUCUCAACACCUUCAAUAUAACUGAACUUCAGGAAAAGCACAUAUCUGCAUUUGUUCCGAAAUGGAUGACAGAAUUAUCAACAACAAACGAUCAUAUUUACAACGUCAGCGCUCAUGCUUUGUCGCGUCCUAUAAUACACCAAGGAUUAAUUUAUCAUAAAUCCAGAAAACAUUCAGUAUUCAACAAGCAUUUCAUGGUGUUGAUUCCUGGGUUUAUAAUGUUGUACCACUGUUUCGAUAGAUCCAUAAGGGGCUACGCGAAAGAUUCGACAAAGUAUAGACAUUUUUUAACGAUUCCGAUAGAGAAAUGCUAUCUAUAUUCAGGUGCCCUCAGUGAACAGGAACUCUUGGACCGAGACAAAGACUUUAACUCUAUUAAUCCAGGUUCUCAUAGUCUCUCAAGAGUGUAUGCUGACGGAUGGAAAAGCAUGGAUGAAGAGAGUAGUAGGACUUUUGUUAUGUGGUUUCCAAACAAAAGGAUAAUGUUAAGUUCAGUAAUAACACCAGAAACUCCGGACUCUUCAAAAUUUCACGUUGUUGAUAAACUUGGAGUCUCGGGAAAAUCGAUGAUUUUUAUGUGUCGAUCCAGGCAAGAGAGAGAUUUGUGGAUGGUAAAAAUAUAUGAUGAAUUAGAGAGAGUGAAAAUGUUAUAA